AUGAAGAUGAAUCCGGAAUUUGUUGAACUGUCGUCUUCAACAAAGAUGGCUUGGGAUGAAGUUCAUCUUCUCAAAAGCCUGCCUCCACACCCCAAACUAGUACCAUUUGAUUGUGUUGUUCUGGAAGAUGUGGAGUCUCGGGUGAUUGGUUUCACCAUGAAGUAUAUACCAGGUGGAACCCUUAAAGAUCUUAAAAUUCCUUUUCGGUUUGAGUGGAUACAGCAGCUUACCCAACUCCUGGAUUUCCUGAAUAUAGAGCUGGGGAUCAUGAAUCAAGACAUCGCGCCCCGGAAUCUUCUCAAUGAUCCCGACACCGGCAGAGUCCUUCUCUUCGAUUUUGAUAGAGCUGCACACGGGAAGAAAUGUUUAAUGGAUGGUCGAGAUGAUGUGCUUGGCAUUGUGUCAACCAUUUACGAGAUAAUUGCGAACGAUAUACAUUUCACGAGUAUGCCGCAUUGGGAUCGAACAAUGGAAAUGGUUCAGGGUCUCCCGAGUGGCCUUGUAAUCACAAACUUGACUCUGACGUAUCGAAGUUUUGCAGCUUUUUGA